CCCUCCUCUGUAUCAUUAAUGUCACAUAAGUACCUGCCUCAUAGAUUGUUGAAGAAUGAAGAAGUGAUCAUGUGUAGAGCCUACAGCUUUUAAUUUUACAUAGUAAUGCUCUUUAAAUAUCAUAUAUGCAACUGUUUAAAGCUGCUGGUAACUGAAGAACAUAAAGUAAAUGUUUCUUAGUGGGAACUAAGGGUAAAUGGAGAAUACUGGAUUUCAGCUGACAUGAUGUGUGUAACCCACACCUCAUGUUCCCAUGCAGGACAUUCUAACUCACAAGACAAAUAUCGGUGACUGUGAACCGAGAGGAUGGCCAGCAUUGAUUUGACAAUAGGCGUUAUCUUCUUAAUGCAGAUGGUGGUUGGAGUCCUGGGGAAUUUCUCACUCCUUUGCCAUCAUAUCAUCCUUCACUUCACUGGCUCCAGGUUAAGGUCCACGGAUUUGAUUCUUAAGCACCUGAUUGUGGCCAACUUCUUGGUCCUCCUCUGUAAAGGGGUCCCCCAGACAAUGGCAGUGUUUGGGUGGAAGCAUAUCCGCAGUGAUUUUGGCUGCAAACUUCUCUUCUUUCUGCACAGAGUGGGGAGGGGAGUGUCCAUCGGAAGCAUCUGCCUCUUGAGUGUCUUUCAGGUGAUCACGAUCAGUCCAUGGAACUCCAGGUGUGCAGCGCUGAAAGUUAAAGCUCCUAAGUACAUCGUUCCCUCUAUUUUCCUGUGUUGGAUCCUGCAAAUGCUGGUAAAUUUCAUUUUUCCUCUACAUAUAAAUGGCAAAUGGAAUGACAAAAACAACACAAACAAGAAGGAUUUUGGAUACUGUUCUUCUAUCCAUCAUGACAAAAUCCAACAGUCAUUGUCUGCAGCAUUGCUAUCACUCCCUGAUGUUCUAUGUUUGGGGCUCAUGCUCUGGGCCAGCAGCUUCAUGGUUUUCAUCCUGUACAGACAUAAGCAUCGUGUCCAACACAUUCGUAGGACUGAUACCCCCACCAAAUUCUCCCCUGAGUCCAGAGCUACCAAAACCAUCCUUCUCCUGGUGAGCACUUUUGUCUAUUUUUAUACUCUUUCCUUCAUUUUUCAACUCAUGAUGGCUCUUUUUGAUUAUCCCAGCUGGUUCCUUGUGAACAUCACUGUAAUCUUGGCUUUGUGUGUCCCAACUGUCAGUCCCUUUCUGCUCAUGAGCUGUGACUCUAAUGUACACAGGCUCUAUUUUGCCUGGAUAAAGAAUACAAAGUCCCCUAUUAUUAUGAGAAAUGUGUGAAUUGGGUGUAUUUCUGAAGUGUAUGGUUGACCAUUCAUUAAUUCACCUCAAUUGUUGUUCAGACAUUCAGUCAUGUCUGACUCUUUGCAACCCCAUGGACUGCAACACGCCAGGCUUCCCUGUCCU